GUUGAUACCAAGGAACCUUGGUUGACCUAUACGGAAUGGGGCGCUGCUUAUGGAGACUUGGUCUUCGUGCGACUUCUAGACCAGGAAGUCGUAGUGAUCAAUUCUGAGCAUGUUGCACGAGCUUUACUGGACAAACGUUCUCGGAUUUAUUCCGAUCGACCAUACUUAGCCAUGAUCGAGCCAUUUGGUUGGUCGGUCAACUUUGCGUUCACAGGUUACGGCGACGAAUGGAGCCUUUGCCGACGACUCUUUCAACAAACUUUCCAUCCCGGCUCUGCAAUCAAGUUCCGCCCCAUGCAGAUGACACGAGCU